AUUUUCCUCCUCAUUGUUCUCCUUCUAACAAAACAAAUUUUUUAUUUUUUGAGUUUCUACUAUUUUUUCCCCCAUAUCCUUCUCCAUUUUUCUUCUUCCCUCUCCAUUACGAUGGAGGAUCAAGUGUCAGCAUCCCCUGAUAAAUCCACCAGCAACAAACCCCGGAUCACCUGGUCGGAUUCCUACUCCAAAGCCCACGUCGCCAUCGAGGCCCUCGCCGCCAUCCUCCCCGGCCUCCCGCUGGCCCUCUCCUCAUCGGAAACCCCCGCUGCCUCCCUCCUCCAAGACCCCGAAGUCGCCGUUCAAAUCUCCCAACUCUUCCGUCGGCCCGAUUCCGGCGCCGUCAAUGACAACCUCUGCGCUUGGCUCUACGACACCUUCCGCUCCUCCGAGCCUGACCUCCAAAUCGUCGUUCUCCGCUUUCUCCCCACCCUCGCUGGCGUCUACCUCUCCCGUGCCGGACUUCACAAGCCGCUCCCCGGAUUCGAGUCUGUCCUCCUCGCCAUCUAUGCCCACGAAACGGCCGCCCGCAAUGGCCAGGCCAUCACCGUCAGCAUCCCCGACCUCGCCCACUCUAGCAUCUACCACGAAACCAAACAAACCGCCAAAAACAGCGCCACGGAGCUCCACCUCGGCGUGGUCUCCCCCAGCCUGGAGCCCUACGGCACAGUUCGGUCCACCAGGCGGGCGAGAAUCGUCGGCGUGGCCCUGGAAUUAUACUACAGCAAAAUCUCUCAAAUCCCUGUGGGAUCCAAGAUCGAGUUCUGCGAAUUCUGCAAGAUUUGGUCCGGACAAGAGGACGAAAACAAGGGGGAUGGGGCUUCUACAACCGAUGAUUCCCAGAAAGUCGAAAAGAAGGAGGGUAGAGGAGGGAGAAUAAUUCUGCCAUGGGAGAUUCUUCAGCCAAUACUGAGGAUUCUGGGGCACUGUUUGAUGGCCCCGCAAAAGAAUGAGGAGCUUUUCCAGGCAGCGUUUUCUGCGUGCAGGUGUCUGCAUGCUAGGGCUCUGCAUGAUAUAAAUGCAAAGAUAAUUCUGGCAACGGGGAGUCUUGUGAAGCUUGCGGAAAUGGCGACUGAUCCAAGUGUUGCUGCUGUUGAUCAUACUGAGAUAAGUAUGAGUAAUGUAAUAACAAUUUGAGUCUAGGGUUCUUAAUUCUUUUAUAUUUCUUGUAAGUUCUUUUUUGCUUGUAAUAUAUGCUUUGUUGAUUUAAGAAUGUUGUUGAGGGUUCAGGAAUCAGAAAAUGGGGAAGUAUAUAUGGAUGAGAUAGAGAUAGUGCUGCUGGUUUUUCAUCUGUAGGUCAAACUGUGGUUUCUUCUUUUCCUUUUUUCCAGUAUUUGAUUUGAUACUUCUUUUGAGUAUAUUUACAGUUGAUUAAUGAAGGAAAAUUGA